AUGUGCUCUGCAGAAUUGUUUCUCAAUGCCACAUGCGUAGCUUCGUCAGAAGAACUGAAGAUUUACAAGAAACGCUCUUUUGAGGCUCAGCGACAAUCAACUCAGCACGCCGCCAUGGCUUCUGCUGAGUCAUCUGGAGAGCAGGCCUCCUCAGGGCCAACAGGAACCUAUGAGGUGGUCUAUAUCAAGGACAAUGUGUCAGUACACCCUAGCCCUCUUGCAAACGAGCGCAUCUCGGGCCGGCUGAAGCUGAUCAAGCAAGGGCAGUCCGUCUUUCUGACCUGGAUCCCGUACAACCAGAGUGGCAUAGCAGAUGAUUCUGGGCUUAUUCUCUCCCCAAGUGAAGGCGCACCAGUGACGCCCCCUCAGGCUCCUGGCCGCAAGGACAAGGACAGGAAUCUGUACACCAUCAGAGCAGUGUCUCUUUCUGAGAUACGCUCCAUCCGGCGCCACACGCCCACGCUGGGGUGGAAUUACAUCAUUGUGGUUCUGACAACAGGCCUGGCCUUCCCCCCCCUCUACUUCCACAACGGCGGCGUCAAGGAGUUCCUCGGGGUUCUCAAGGAGCACGCCCUGCUCGUCCGCUCCGCAGAGGACGCCAACGUCUACCUGGUGAAUGACAUCCAGGACCCUCUCCAGCGAAGCCUGACGUCACUAGACCUUCCCGAGGCGGUGACCCCCGUGCGCGAGCUUGAGCCGCUAGAAGAAGAGCGUGUCUCUGCUCAAGAGGGGCCCGAUGAGGGGGGGAGCGCGUUGCAGCCCUUGGUCGUCAGCAGGCGCGGGCCUGAGGGAGGGGUGCUUGACCGGCUGCCGCAGAAGCAUGUCGACCCCCUGCGCGACGCCUCUAUCCACAUCCUCACCCAGUUCUCCAAGGUCACCCGGUUUGUCCGUGACGCGACCACCCAGCUCUCGGGCCAAAACGACCGCCCGCUGGCUCGGAGCGGGAUGCUCGGUCUCCCGGAGAGAGCCCCCGUUCCUCCCCCGGUCGCGCCAGCAGUGCAGAGGCAGCCCAGCGCCGGGCUCGGGGAAGCCCUCCCGGGCAGGGGGGCGGGAGAUGCGGGCGCAGGGAGCAGAAUGGAAGAAGACAAGGACGAGCCCGAGUUGUCGAGCCUCGGCGCGUUUGAGCUGGUCGACGGCUUGGAGGAGGAGUCCCCCGCUCUAGUUUGGGGCCGGCCCCGCCCACCCCCCCUCGGGGCGGAAGAGUGGGCCACCUUUUUGGACAGCGAGGGACGCGUGUCCGACCCUGCGGGCCUGCGGAAGCGCGUGUUUCACGGGGGGGUGGAGCCGGAUAUGCGGCGGGAGGUGUGGAAGUUUUUGUUGGGCUACUUCCCGUACGAAUCGACGCGGGCCGAGCGGAAGGCGCUCCAAGCGAACAAAGCCAAGGAGUAUGAGGUGCUCAAGGGGCAGUGGCAGAGCGUCUCGGAAGACCAGGCCAAGAAGUUCGCCAAGUUCCGGGAGCGCAAGAGCCGCGUGGACAAGGACGUGGUGCGGACGGACCGCACGCUGCCGUUCUACGCGGGGGACGACAACCCCAACGUCGAGGCGCUGCGUAGCAUCCUCAUCACGUACUCGUUCUACAACUUUGACCUGGGGUACUGCCAGGGCAUGAGCGACCUGCUGUCCCCGAUCCUGUACGUCAUGGACGACGAGGUGGACGCGUUUUGGUGCUUUGCGGCGCUCAUGGAGCGCAUGGCCUCCAACUUCCACCGCGACCAGAACGGCAUGCACUCCCAGCUGCUCUCUCUCCGCAAGUUGGUCAAGCUGCUGGACCCCCCCUUGGACGACUACUUCCGCCAGGUGGACUGCCUCAACUACUUUUUCUGCUUCCGGUGGAUCCUCAUCCACUUCAAACGAGAGUUCGAGUACGACAACGUUCUGCGGCUGUGGGAGGUGCUCUGGAGCCGCUACCUGUCGGACCACUUCCACCUGUACGUGUGCGUUGCGGUGCUCAAGCGUCACCGGCGCAAGAUUAUGGACGAGCAGAUGGAGUUCGACACGUUGUUGAAGUUUAUCAACGACCUGAGCGGGCGAAUCGAGCUCGAGGGCACGUUGAGAGACGCAGAAGCGCUCUGCCGAUACGCGGGUGACGCUGGGGUCGCGUGCAUGCCCCCGGCGCCUCCCCCAACGGACGAGACCCAAAUAGAAGGGCCCGAAGGUUAAGAUGCGUGCUUCGAAACCCGGUUUCUCUGUACAUAAUAGAGCUGUAACGCAUCAGAGCGAGUUAGCAGGGUGUGCCCAUCAUGCUGCUAGUGUCGGAGAGCUAGCAUCGGAACGUGCGAUUUGACUAUACAAUGUUCGACCUCCAAUCGCCUGUGUGUACAUAUUGGAAGUGCUCGUUCCACAACCGCAGUUUUCAGGGAUUCCUUGGGGCGCUAGAAAUUGUGGAACUCUGCACGGUAUGGUCACAUAGCCGCCGGUUGGCCAUGCUCCGCAUCUGACUUUUAGGGGUUACUUGGAACAAAGUACAAAGUUUGUAAACCGCUGAUAAAUUGCAUGCCAUGUUGAAGGAUGCAGCCGUUCUUCGUCCGGU